AUGUCAGCUCCUUUGAGAUCAACCCCUCUUGUGGCACCAGGCCAUACUCGACCUAUUACCCAUCUUUCUUUUUCUCCGAUCCAAGAAGACGGCACUUUCUUGCUUGUGUCCAGCUGUAAAGAUGGAAAUCCUAUGUUGAGGGAGUGGACUGGAGACUGGAUUGGCACCUUCCUUGGACACAAAGGUGCUGUCUGGAGUACGAAACUUUCGCUGGACAGUUCUAGAGCGGCGUCUGGAAGCGCAGAUUUCACUGCGAAAAUCUGGGACACGUACUCUGGCAACGUUCUCCACUCUUUCCCUCACAACCACAUUGUUCGGAGCGUCGCCUUGUCUCCCCAGGCAUCACAUCUUUUGACCGGAGGCCAGGAAAAGAAAGUGCGAAUAUUCGACCUCAAUCGGCCUGACGCAGAACCCGAUUUCCUUUUCGACAACGGUCCUUUCUCUCAUGAUGGAACAAUCAAGAGUGUUGUGUGGGUAGGUGAUCACACAGGUGUGACCGCUGGCGAUGACGGGAAAGUGAAAUGGUGGGAUCUCCGAUCAAGAGAGCUGACGAAAACAAUCACAUUUCCCGACCCGAUAACGUCCAUGGAGUUGUCUUUGCAGACGCAAAGACUGGUGCUGACCUCUGGCAAGACAGUUGAAUUCAUACCUGCGUUGCCACACACUGGUCACAAUACGCACAGCCUUACCCUCCGAUAUGCUCCUUCAUCAGCUUCUAUCCACCCCAUCCUCCAGGACCGUUUCGUAACUGGUAGUAUGACUGAUGAGUGGGUUCGUGUUCACGGUAUCAAUGGAGAGGAACGAGAUGUCCUCAAGGGUCACCAUGGCCCUGUUCACUGUGUGGAGUUCAGCCCCGACGGGGAGAUGUAUGCAAGUGGAAGUGAGGAUGGUACUAUUCGAUUAUGGCAAACCACACCUGGCAAAACAUAUGGAUUAUGGCAAGGAGCCAGUCCCAACGGCAACUGA